CGACAACAACAAACAGAAAUCUGAAAGAGGAAGAAUAGCUUACGGCAAAACCAAUACCGAUCUAACGCUUAGAGAACGGAAAUCAAAGGUAGAUGCAAGCACAUAAAAGAACCAGAUGAUUGAGUCAAGGUUUGGUUUUCUGAAGGCCAAGAAACUUAUUCGAAUGAGGUGAAAGAGUGGAAGGAAGGGAAAUCGGAAAUAAAAAAUACAAAUUAAUAUAAAUUAAAUGAGAACGUGGGCAUGGAAGGAGAAAAAAGUGGGUAGUGUAGAGUUUUUUAUACAAAUUAAAUGAGAACGUGGGCCUGGAAGGAGAAAAAAGUGGAUAGUGGAGAGUUUUUUGGCGGGACUCUUUUUUCCCCGCUUAACACUCUGCCACAUCAGCUUCCUAAAAUCACUCUAUGGGCAGGAAAUUUUGAAUGGGGGUUGCAGUUUUACUUUUCAGCUAUAAAUUAUACUGUUGAUUUGAGAAGAAAUUAAGUUGUUAAGGAAAUAAAAUUAAGCAAGGUUCAAAAAGGCGUUAGGCGUAAGGUGGGCGUUGAGCCUUUGCCUUGUGCCUAGCUCGCCUAAGCGUUGACUAAGCGUGCCUAGGCGUUGGAAGAAAAUAGUUAUUCGCAGUACAUGAUGAAUGAAAUAAUAAUCUACAACACUUCCUCACUUCGGUUAAAAUGAUUAAUAACUUACUCAACACUUAAUGACGGGAAUAUAGCUUAGGAGUUCAUAGAAUCAUAGCUAAAUAGUUCACAAAGUUCUUGAGCUAUUGAAAAUAUUGCAAUAGAAACUUGAUUUCAUAGUUGAUGUUAAUUUUGGUAUUUAAUAUUGGCUUCUUAGCUCCAUCUAGUAAUGUUUAGGAGAGACUUAUAUGUCGCCGUACUCCAUUAACGUGUUCCAGUAUCUAAUUAGGCGCGAAAUCCCUAGGCGAGGCGUUUUGUCAUUGCCUUGCGCCUAGGCGUGCCUAAGCGUAAGAUUAAGCGUGCCUUUUUGAACCAUGAAAUUAAGACAAUUCAAUAAAUAAUUAGUACUACGAAUUUACAUGGACGUGAGAGAGAGUGGGGAAGUUGUUUUUUUUUCUUCUUCUUCUUUAAAUGAUUCGGAGUUGCGUUUUCUGCGCCGCUUUCGAUUCUCUCUGAAAGACUUCUCUCUUCUUCAUCUUCUUCUGUGUAUCUACUUCUUCCUCACAUCCGUAACUGAACAAUCACAUCACUGUCUCUCAGUUGUAUUUUAUUGAUUGAUUUCUCCUGUCAUAUUCUCCUUCCUGGCAAAAUUUAAUUAUUGCCUCUGUUUUUUACUAAUUACUAAAAAAAACAGAGUCCACCUUCAUCCAUUGUUUGUUUUUCCUAUUCCUGACAACGAGACGACGCCCAAGCGUGUACUUUCUGGAAAAAAAUCAUCACAUUGAUGGCGCCAUAAUCGAGGAAUUAAGGAAAGGCGGAAGAGAGAACCAACCUUCGGAAACGAAAUACCCAAAUUGCAGAGGAACUCCCCUCCCAGCCUUCUCCCCUCUGGUUUCCAUGUUUUCUGCAACUAAUAUCUCCCUGUGAGCGCUUCUUCUUCUUCUUCUUCCUCUUGGCUUUCUCCGAUUCUUCUUUCCGUUUCAUUCCCCCCUUCUGCCGAUUCCUUAUUAAGUUUGAUUUUCUGCCCCCCCUCUCUCAGAUUCGAAAAUUUUCAGGCAACGUCAGACGUUCCAGCGCGCAGGUUAUCCCAGAAUCAUGCUCAAGAUAUCAAUACCAGUUGAUGCCAAAACCAGAUCAUGCCUCUGCAGCGGCGUUUUCCCGGCUGCUUCCGUCAUUCUGCUAGUCUUCUUCAUCGGCACCUCCGUUCUAGUUCCUGACCACAAACAGUCUGAAUUGCAGGCAUUGGCUAGAUCAGAUGCUGUAGGUAGUUUCAGCAAUGUCAAUUCCACCUGCAAUUGCGAGGAAAGGGAGAUAGCGCCGCGAAGUAAGGUACAGGAAAUCAUGCCUCAGGAAGGUGUGAUACUGCCCCAAAGCAAGGACCAGGAAAUGCCUCAGGAAACUGAGACAUUGCCCCAAAGAAAGGAUCAAGAAAAGCGUCAGGGAACCGAGACACUACCCGAAAGCAUUGUCAGUUCCAACGAUCUGAAUUCAAUCAAUUGCCAGGAUCGAGAAACGCCUCAGGGAAGCGAGACAUUGCCCCGAGGUAUCGUCCAGAAGACAUCGAAUCUGCAGAUGAGACCCCUAUGGGGAAACGUUGCGAAGAGGAAACCGAACGAGAGGGCCAACUUGUUUGCAGCAGCUGUGGGUGUGAAGCAGAAAGAACUGGUGAACAAAAUGGUGACCAAGUUUCUUUCCAGCGGGUUCACGGUGAUGUUGUUCCACUACGACGACAAUGUGGACGAGUGGCGGGAGUUCGAUUGGAACUCCAAUGUCAUUCAUGUCUCUGCACACAAUCAAACCAAAUGGUGGUUUGCAAAGCGGUUUAUGCAUCCUGACAUAGUCGCGGAGUACGAUUACUUAUUCCUGUGGGAUGAAGACAUCGGAGUCGAUAGUUUCGAUCCUGCCAGGUACCUGUCGAUCGUCGCGAGUGAAGGUCUCGAGAUAUCGCAACCAGCACUGGACGUGCGGAAGUCAGAGAUUCAUCAGCAGAUUACUGCUCGGACCAAGUCUACAGUCCACAGACGAAUAUACAAGACGGGAUCUUGCGAUGGAAGCAGCACUAAACCUCCAUGCACUGCGUGGGUGGAGAUGAUGGCGCCUGUGUUCUCGCGAGACGCCUGGCGCUGUGCUUGGCACAUGAUCCAGAAUGACUUGAUCCAUGCUUGGGGGCUGGAUUAUCGGCUAGGCUACUGUGCUCAAGGGGACCGAACCCAGAAGAUGGGAAUUGUAGAUGCAGAGUAUGUUGUACAUCACGGCAAGCCUACACUAGGUGCACCAAAGGAUUCUGGUCCACAGCAGCCUUUUAAUCCCCGCAAAUUCAACCCUAGAGUGGAAGUGAGAAGGCAGUCGUGGAAUGAGUACAAAACCUUCAAACGAAGAUGGGCAAAGGCAGCUGAGGAUGAUAAAUGUUGGAUAGACCCUUACAAGGAUGACGAACCCCACAGAAAAUAGUGUACUAGAGAGCCCAUUUUGUUUCUUUCACCUUUUUUUUUUGGGGUACAGACUUCAGAAUCUCUUGGACUAGAGUGGCAUGCAUUGAAUCUCGGGGGAGUGAUUCGUAAAUAGUUUUCGUGUAAAUUCAUAGGGCGGGAGAUUGGAUUCUUGUAUUCAUUUGUGAGGCGGAAAAAAGGAAAUUGAGGAGAGGAGCAUAUAGGAAACCAGAAGACUAUUUAUUUUGAAUUAGCGAUAAAAUGGAGCGAUACAGAUUAGAUUUAUUUUGGAUUACAGAAGAAAGGGGGAAGCAAGAAUCAAUGGAGGGUUCUCUUUGGAGACGGUAAAGACGAUUAUAUGCUCUUAUGCUAUGAAUUUUGACAUAGAAUUUGCUUCUUUCUGCCACUUGAUUAGUUUUUGUUCUUCUCUAACUUUACUUGAACCAGUUCAUUAAUUUCUUUUGAGCUCUUGAAGUGAUCAGUAUAAUGUGACAUUGUUAAACAUUGCAUUUCUUGAUGAAUGUCGAUCUCAUAUAUCUGGAUCAUAGCAUCGCUAUCCCUUUCAUUAUUCAUCACAGCCUACCAAAAUGCAUCUUAAUGCCUAUUCAUCAAACCAGGUACUCAGCUAGUCAAGCACAAAAGAGUAUAGUAUGUGCAUCCAAAUACUCGAAAGUGACUAACAGUGGGUUUCAUUAUCUGUAACUUCUCAAUCGAUCAAAUAGAUCCUAGCCUUGGUUAGAAAAGUUGGUAGAUUUAGUGCAUCUAACAACAAGCGGAACUUUAAAUUUUGGCACACAAGAUCUCACGACACGCGCGUAUUUGAAAGACGUUGAUUCUUCUUUGAAACAACUCCAUUUUAUUAUGGAGCAUCAUGCAUGACAUGUCGACUCUUAAAAAUUGUGGCCGUGUGUAUUACGGUAUUCUCCUCAAUUGGCACUACAACCUCUCGACCAACUUGACUUUUAGCCCAUUGCUCGAGUUACUUACCUAUAUGUUUAUAAUCUCUCCUUCGUAUGGAAUAAUCAUUAAUGAAUUUUAUCAUGUUCGUUAUUUUAUUUUAAGAAAAUGUAGCAACUCCAGUGAUUUCUUGCCUCUAAAUUUCGAGUCCUCGUCUCGCAAUGGAUGUGUUUUUUUUUUGUAAGAUUUUAGAUAAAAAGAGAUGGAUUUUUUUAUUUAAUUCAAAAUUUAUAGUUGGAAAUGGAUGGAAGAAAAAAAUAGAUGCAAAUUAAACAAUUGUUGUAUACCCCUAUCAACAACAAAAACUUGUCAAGAACCAAUAAAAUAAGCAAAAACAACUUGCCAAAGACUGUUAGUCAAAACAACAAAAUCAACACAAGGGCAGUGUUUUUUUUCUUCUUCUGACAACUAAAAUAUGGCAACCAUAAACAAGUUAUUAUGUCAAGAACAAACCUUCAAAGUUCAAACCCGCAUCGCAUAUUGAAACUGAAGGAUGAUGAUAGGAACAAAAACAAAUCGAACAACUUCAUUUGUAUCUAACAAAUCCGAAUCGAUUCGCAUACUGGAAUUCCAUCACCGCUACUAUAUAAGAAGAAGAAUUCGCCACAAAGAGAAAAAUGAGAAGAAAAAAAGCACUCAAAAGGGCUAAAUCGCGCGACUUUUCUCAUCCACCACAUUCUAAGUUCUGACGUUGAACGCCAUCAAUUCUCUAGAAAGAAACGACGAAGAAGAAGAACACAAGAAUGGAGAAAAUGAUGAGGGUGGGGAUUCUACUGUUCAUAGCAGUGAUUACAAUCCUGUGCUGGAAUCCAAAAGGGAUCGUGGUGGAAGCAGAGGACAUGUUUUGCUGCAUUCAGCUUUACAAUGGUCUGAUUCAGACCGGGACCUGCUGCGAGACCGGGGUUCCCCUAGAUCUUAUCAAACAAAUAAUGGAUUAAUUAAUUUCUUAACCUAAU